UCUCACACCAUAGCCACAUCUCUCAUGAUCCUCCUUUCUCAGGCCCAACCUCUUCCUCAAAUUAUAAACCACUGCAUUAAAAGGGAGAGAACAGAACUAUUUUCCAGCCUCCUUAUCAGAAAAAGAAAACGUUCCAAGUAGAGGCAAGACAUGGCUCAAACCAUGUUGCUCAUGUCUGGUGUUUCUAGCAGCCAUGUGGUGGAUUUAAAGAGAGACCCUUUGCUCAAUUUCCAACUUCAGAAACUAAGGCCAAAACCAUUCUCUCAUCUGUUGCUCCCUCAUCUGCCUGCUAACACUACUUCUUCAUCCCCAGCAUUCACAACUUUUGCUCUCUUCAAAUCAAAAACCAAGGCCCCAGUAAAGAAGGUUGCACCAAAGCCAAAGGAAAAGGUUGAAGACGGUAUCUUUGGCACCUCCGGGGGCAUCGGUUUCACUAAGCAGAAUGAGCUCUUUGUGGGUCGGGUUGCCAUGAUUGGCUUUGCUGCAUCUUUGUUGGGUGAAGGAAUCACAGGCAAAGGAAUUCUAGCACAAUUGAAUCUGGAAACUGGAAUUCCCAUCUACGAAGCUGAGCCUCUUCUUCUCUUCUUUAUUCUUUUCACUCUGCUUGGAGCCAUAGGUGCUUUGGGUGACCGUGGUAAAUUCGUUGACGAUGACGCAACCGGACUCGAAAAGGCUGUGAUCCCUCCUGGCAAAGGUCUCAGGAGUGCAUUGGGUCUUAAAGAAGGAGGUCCACUAUUUGGGUUUACAAAGUCCAACGAGCUCUUUGUUGGAAGAUUGGCUCAGCUGGGUAUUGCUUUCUCUUUAAUUGGAGAAAUCAUAACCGGAAAGGGAGCUCUGGCACAACUAAACAUCGAGACCGGAAUUCCCAUCAAUGAAAUCGAGCCGCUCGUGUUGUUCAACGUCAUCUUCUUCUUCUUUGCUGCAUUGAAUCCUGGGACUGGUAAAUUUGUGACAGAUGAGGAAGACAAUUAAUAGGUGUAUUUAUAUGCCUAUUAAUAUGCAUGCAUGCAGCUAGCUAGCUUUUAAGGAAUUUUCUUGUGUUUCAUUCAAUGUAGCAUAUACUGUCACCUCUCAAUUAUGAUCAUCGAGUGCUUUACAUGAUCCAUUCUGCAAUUUCGUUUACCAGAAAUCGAAAACUUAAUAAGGCUGUUUGAGUUGAGUCCA